AAUCUGCUCUGGAGUUCGGGCAUCUGGCCAAAAAUUCCGGGAUUGCACAAUGGGAAAAGCUGCCUCCGCCUCCUUGCAGGGCGGGUUCAACAGGGUGGAACCACCGCCACGAAGCUGGGCGCCAUCAGCCUGAUCCCAGUCCUUGGACAGGCGCCAUGUGGCUUACACUGGUGUUGCUGGCCGUGCUGCUGCUGGCCGUCCUCCGCAAAGUUUACCUAGGGCUGUUCUCAAGCAGCUCCCCGAAUCCUUUCUCCGAGGACGUCAAACGACCACCCGCGCCCCUGGUGACGGACAAGGAGUCCCGGAAGAAGGUCCUAAAACAAGCUUUUUCAGUCAGCCACGUGCCGGAGAAGCUGGAUGUGGUGGUCAUUGGCAGUGGCUUUGGGGGCCUGGCUGCAGCUGCAAUUCUGGCCAAAGCUGGCAAGCGAGUUCUGGUGCUGGAACAACAUACCAAGGCAGGAGGCUGUUGUCACACCUUUGGAAAGGAUGGCCUUGAAUUUGACACAGGAAUCCAUUACAUUGGGAGGAUGGAGGAAGGCAGCUUUGGCCGUUUUAUUUUGGACCAGAUCACUGAGGGGCAGUUGGACUGGGUUGCCUUGUCCUCUCCCUUUGACAUCAUGGUACUAGAAGGGCCCAGUGGCCGAAAGGAGUUCCCCAUGUACAGUGGGGAGAAAGCCUACGUUCAGGGUCUCAAGGAGAAGUUUCCCCAGGAAGAAGCUGCCAUUGACAAGUAUAUAAAGCUGGUUAAGCUGGUAGCCAGAGGAGCCGUUCAUGCUGUCUUGGUGAAGAUCCUCCCAUUGCCUGUGGCUCAGUUCCUCAACAAGUGUGGGCUGCUCACUCAUUUCUCUCCAUUCCUUCGCGCAUCCACCCAGAGCCUGGCUGAGGUCCUGCGGCAGUUGCCCGCCUCCCAGGAGCUCCAGGCAGUACUCAGCUACAUCUUCCCCACGUAUGGCGUGACCCCCAGCCACACCACCUUUGCCAUGCAUGCUCUGCUGGUUGACCACUACAUUAAAGGGGCCUUUUACCCUCGAGGGGGUUCUAGUGAAAUCGCCUUUCACACCAUCCCUGUGAUUCAGCGGGCCGGCGGCGCUGUCCUGACGAGGGCCUCUGUGCAGUGUGUGUUGCUGGACUCAGCCAGGAAAGCCUGUGGUGUCAGUGUGAAGAAGGGUCAAGAGCUGGUGAACAUCUAUUGCCCCAUCGUGAUCUCUGAUGCAGGACUGUUCAAUACCUACAAGUACUUAUUGCCAGAGAAUGCCCGCUGCCUGCCAGGUGUGAAGCAGCAGCUGGAGAUGGUACGGCCAGGCUUGGGCAUGUUGUCUGUCUUCAUCUGCCUACGAGGCACCAAGAAGGACUUGGGGCUGCGGUCCACCAACUACUAUGUUUAUUUUGACACAGACAUGGACAAAGCGAUGGAGCGCUACCUCUCCAUGCCCAGGGAAAAGGCAGCAGCGCACAUGCCUCUUCUCUUCAUUGGUUCCCCGUCAGCUAAAGACCCGACUUGGGAGGACCGAUUUCCAGACCGGUCCACGAUGAUUGUGCUGGUGCCCACCUCCUACGAGUGGUUUAAGGAGUGGCAGGAGGAGCCAAAAGGAAAGCGGAGCAGCGACUAUGAGACCCUGAAAACCGCCUUUGUUGAAGCCGCUCUGUCAGUUGUCAUGAAGCUGUUCCCACAGCUGGAGGGAAAGGUGGACAGUGUGACUGGAGGAUCACCGCUGACCAAUCAGUUCUAUCUGGCUGCUUUCCAGGGUGCCACUUACGGCGCUGACCACGACCUGAGCCGCCUGCAUCCUCAUGGAAUAGUCUCCAUCAGGGCCCAAAGCCCCAUCCCCAACCUCUACCUGACAGGCCAGGAUGUCUUCACCUGUGGGUUGAUGGGGGCCCUGCAAGGGGCCCUUCUGUGCAGCGGUGCCAUCCUGAAGCGGAACUUGUACCUAGACCUCAAGAAGCUUGGUUCAAGGAUCCAGGCACAAAAGAAGAACAAUUAGUCCGGUCAGGGAUGAGUCGGAGGAAUUUGGCCAGUGCUGUGGCACGGCCGCUGACUUAGCUAUAAUGUCUUUCAGCAUUCGUUUCUGCUCAGAUGAAGCACUCUCAUUUGUUUUUGAUUUCUGAAUGGAGAUCCAACACACAGGGCUAGCACAGAUCACAGUUCUUCAAAUGAAGCUCUUCUGGCUGGGGCAGGGAUGAUCUUUCACACCUUUUAUAACAUGCUAACCCUAAUAAAAGGCCCUGGGGGCCUACUGAUUUGGAUAGCCUUAAUAUCUCAUUAAGCAGUGCUCAGCACCCCACACCCAUCCCUCCUAACUCAGCAAUCAAACUGAAUAUUCUCUGGUCAGGGGGCUAGAACCCUUGAAAAUGCUAGACCAGCCGUCUCGAGGCUUCUCCUCAUCCACUUGCAGUCUGUGUCGCAGUCUACACCGGAAAAGAAAAAGGUGCCUAGCGAGGCAUUGGUCAAAGUUUCAUGGGUUCAGAGGACUCCAGAUCCUAUUUUUGGUGGAUUCCAGUGGCUCUUUCAGAGGGUGGAGACCUGUGAUAGGUUCAGUGUAGUAGCGGGGGCUGGAGGUAAUGACAAGAUGUAUUACUUAGCAUGGUAUGUGUUACAAGAUAAUAUCCAAUUCGUAUGCAGCCAGGGCCCUAAGUUUGUUGUCCUUGUAAUUAGGGUGACCCUGGGUUCUCAAUGUGCCAGCACCAAGACACACCCUCAUGGAGCCUCAAGCCUUAUCUUCCAAAGAUAGAGCAAAGGGUGAUGCUAGCAGGGCAGAGGACCGGAAGGGUGACUUCACGGGGCUGAAGCAAGCUGUAAGAGCAUUCCAGGCCAACAGUACAGCAGAGGCAAGUGCCAAGAAGUAACUGAAUGAAUAAUGAAGAAUGACUAAGGGCCCAGCUAGCUGCCUCCUAGACCUAGAACGGGCUGCCUGGUGCGGAGGACAAGUGGGGUUGGAAAUCGGUCACCAGCACAGCAGGGAAAGCUACAGGAUGUAUACAAAGCCCAGAAUGGCGUUUCCAGUUUAUUGGACGUUAGAUGAGAAGGUAAAUGAAGACUACAGGGUAAAAAUAAAGUGAUCCAUGGCUUUAGUAUCUGAAGUUUAUUUCAGUUCCUGUGCAAUAAUACAAAAUUACAUCAAGUAGCAUUCAUAGAAGCUCAGUAAAACAUUAGGUACUGAAAAAUACUUAUCAUUAGACCAAACAAGCUUUAAAAAAUUACAGUUAAAUUACAAAAGCUGAAAAUAUAAAACACUGCAAAACAGUGGCAAUCUACUAAUUAGGUAAACAAAAAAGCAGGGAAACAAUGUCAACAAUCAUUUAACAUGGUAGAUUUCUGAAUUAAAGAAAUAUCUAUCAUAUCUUUAUAUAUAUAUAUAUCUCUAUCAGUGCACAGAGGCUGGCUUUGUUGGCAGCUUGAAACUAUACAGCUCAGAGUCAACCCUUUCACAGAGGAAUUUCUAACUUGAGAUUCAGUCUUUGCUCUGGAUAUACAUACAGUUCAAUUAAACCUGAAAAUCUCUUCCCAGGAUCCUCAAGCAAGGCCAUGCUAAACAAUCCCCUAGCAAGAGUUUUCAGAAAACAGCUAGCAGAGCUACCAGGUCUGGUAUAUAACACUCCUCCCUGUCCAAACAGUUCAGCAUGUGCAAAGACUCAGCAUGUGCAAAGCGUGCGUCCUUCCACACACAUGCGGCAUUGUGUACCAACUCACCCUGUACAAACAAGAGACAGGCUUCCUUUUAUGUUUUCUCUGAUUUAAUCAACAUGAAUUGGAGAACAAAAUGAGAAUCACCAUCACGGUAAUUUUAAAGGUUUAUAAUUCUACUACCAAAUAUUUCAUUGCAAGCCAUGAUGGGAAAAGAAAUGUGAAAGUGUAUAAAAAACUAAUUGGUCUUUCCAACUUGUCUUAGCCUUCUGAUGUGACAGGUAUUCUGCUCCCAGAGAGUCCAGGAAUGGAGUCUGCACAAUUCUACGCAGUAAUCCUGAAGAGGAACAAGUUCCUCCAGUCCCAACCAUGACUGGAGCUUGGAUUAGAUUCCUCCUGACAGAAACCACCCUUCAACCAAAAGCUGGGGGCAGGAAGGGAAGCCUAAAAACUGUCUAGAGAGGGGUCCCUCUCUUGGACUCCCGUACGCACCCCCCACUCCACAGGCUUAAAGAGAUACCUCAGCCAGCUCACCCUCAUCCACACACAAUCUCUAGAAAAACAUGCUUCAAAAAACAAAAACUACCCAGAAAACAAGUUUUCCUUUGGCGUGAGAGAUUUCCUUCAGUGCAAUUUCUAAAUGAAACUUAAAUUCUAUUGUACUCUUUCACCAUAAGAAAUACUUCUCAGAGGCUCAAAAAGUGGAGUGUGCGGAUUCCACAGCAAAACCAACCCUCUCGGUUCCUGAAACAACCUUCCUUUCUGCUCUUCUCUCUGAGCAAAGUCCAUCAGUCAGGGACACCAACCAAUAACCAGAAAGAGCCGGGUGAGACCUCAGUUAAGUCACAUCCUGAGGUCCCGAGCAGAGAAAACAUUUCCUUUGCGAGGAGAAGAAACUGAACUGAAGUACCUGAGAGACGUCACCAUACUAGGCCAAAGUGCAGACGGUGCCCGGGACACUUGGGUAGCUUGGUUUUCUUGGGGAGACUGGAGACAUCAAAUACUGACUGCCUGUUUUGCUAAAGUUUCAAAAUUUGUGACUGACAUAAUAUUAAGAGCUGUUACAGGAGAAUAAGAGCCAAUCCCAAGGUUGGGGAAGUUAGGGAGGUGCAUGGGAAAAGCUGAGCUGGGCCCCAAGGAAAAAGUCUGGGGAGGUAAGAGGAAAAAAAGAGAAGGGAGGGCAACCUAACCACAGAAUAACUGUGGGAAACCAGGGAAUGCAAGAACAAAAAGCAUGCAGGCCUGGACAGGAUGCAGAGAAAGACGGGCAAACGAGUGCCCAUGUGCAGAGUCCUGAAUCCUGCAGAGACUAUAACCUCGGGUCUCUAAGCCAUGAGGGACACAAACAGAAGCUUCAGAUCCAGGCAAGUAUUUCAGAAAGAUCAAUCUGACCUCUUUAUGUUCAUAAGAAAAGAUGGACAGGAGAACCAAUUAAGGUAGCUCCUGAAAAAAAAAAUCCAGGAAAGAGGUGAAAUGGGUAUGGGACAAGGAAGCAGGGAAAAUGGAAAGAUUGUAGCUGGAAUUUUUUUUUAAAUGGAUAAGAUUUUUGUGAAGUGAUAAAAAUGGUAAAAGUUUGUAGUUUGGAGCUGAGAGGACAAAAGAAUCGGGCAGUUGAGGGAGGCAGUUGAAUGGGUAGAAGGAAUUCCGUUUCAGUGACGACAGGACAACCGUGCUGGAAUAUCCAGCACAUGACAGGACUGGUUCCUCUGGGAACUAGGCCGAGGACAAAGAUUCUGUAGCCACUCAGAGGAUGGAGAAUGAAUGAAUUUCUGAGGAGACAAAGGAAUACAGAGAACUGCCUUUGAGGGCCUUUCUCCCAUCAGCACAGGGUGAGGCCAAGGAGCUCGUGACAUCAGGGCAGUAUGUCAGAGCAACCACAAGAGGGUAAUUUCUGUUUGGAUGGUCAAUAGUGUCCAAUUCUGUCAAGGUCAAGACUAAGUUUUGACAAUAUGUCUCUGGAUCUGAACCUAGAGAAAACCAGUAGAAAGGCAGGGACCAAAGUGAGUUUGUAAAAAUUAUGAAGAGAAUAAAUGGCAAAGUAAGGGAAGCACUACUUCCUGGAGAAGUCGAACAGCAGACUGAAUAAGAUGGAUGGUUGCAGGGGGUGGGGCACAGGGUGUCUGUGCGUGCA